GAUGUUGCGGUGAGGAAGAUUUAAUGUGCUGCGCGUGAUUGUGGUGGAAGGGAUUUGACAAUCGGCGAGCCGAGGCUGACAUAUAUUCUCUGGAAUACUUCCUUCCCGGUCUUCUGUCGGGCGGCGGGAUGGCCCCUGGUGGCGGCGGCGGCGGCAGCAAUAUUUUUAACAGUUACCGGGCGCUCGCGCUCUACUGUAAUCAUGUCCCGCACGUGGUGCGGUUCCACCACCGGCACCGGGAGUUUUACCUGGUCACGGCCGUAGGGGCAAGUUUUCAUACCUACAAUGUGAAAAAGCUUGGAAUAGUUGCAGUUAGUAAUCCACUUCCUGAAGAUAUCACCUGUCUGGCAGCAGACCGAAUGCUUGUAUUUGUAGCUCAUAGCAACCAUGUGAAAGCAUUUGCUAGAAACAAAGAUAUUGUGCAUUCGUAUGAAGGCCAUAACGCAGAGGUCCACCUCUUGUUGCCUUUUGGUGAUCAUGUGAUCUCAGUGGAUCGAGAUAACACGCUUAUUAUUUGGGAUGUGGAAUCAGAGGAAGAAUAUCUUCAACUGAACUUUGAUAAAAUCACGUUUGCAGUUUCUGCCCUUUUGCAUCCAAGUACUUAUAUCAACAAAAUUUUACUUGGUAGCCAGCAAGGGAGUCUUCAACUUUGGAAUAUUAAAUCCAACAAACUUCUGUAUACUUUUCAAGGUUGGAAAUCAAGCGUGUGUGUGCUUCAGCAGGCCCCAGCCGUAGAUGUGGUUGCUGUAGGUCUAACAUCUGGUGUGAUAAUCAUCCAUAAUCUGAAAUAUGAUGAAUCGUUAAUGAAAUUUCAACAAGACUGGGGACCAGUCACAGCAAUAUCAUUUCGUACAGAUGGUUUCCCGGUGAUGGCUGUUGGUAGUCACAUGGGUCACAUUGGACUAUGGGAUUUGGAGGAGAAGAAACUGAUUAGCCAGAUGAGAGAAACUCACACGACAGCAGUUUCAGGACUGACGUUUGUUCAUGGCGAGCCACUUCUCAUUACUACUGGUGAAGACAAUGCGAUUCGGGUCUGGAUUUUUGAUGCUCCAGGAGGUGGUGGUCGCAUCUUACGAUACCGCAUGGGACACAGAGCCCCUCCAACCAAAAUAAAAUAUCAUGGAUCUGAUGGGCAAAACAUUCUUAGCUCUGGACAAGAUGGAACUUUACAGUCAUUUUCCACUAUUCAUGAAAGUUCUAAUAAGAGUUUGGGUCAAGGGCGUAUGAACAAAAAGAAAAUUAAAACCAGAGGGGUGAAUUAUGAAUUAAUGAAUCUACCUCCAAUUACUACAUUUGCUUCAGAAACCGCACGUCAGAGUGAUUGGGAUGGAAUUAUUGCUUGUCAUCAAGGAAGCCUAAUCAGUACAACGUGGAACUACCAGAAAACCUCAAUGGGAGCACACAAAUUUGAGCCUCCAAGAUUUAAGAAAGGGAAUGACCAGAAUGUUUAUGCCACAGCUGUGGAUAUAACAUCUUGUGGAAAUUUUGCUAUUGUUGGCCUUUCUACAGGCCACGUGGACGUGUAUAAUAUGCAAUCGGGCAUCCACAGAGGACAAUAUGGUGAAAACAAAGCUCAUGAUGGCCAAGUACGAGGAGUUGCUGUCGAUGGACUAAAUCAACUCACUAUUACAGCCGGUGGAGAUAAACUAGUCAAAUUCUGGAAGUUUAAAUCAAAGCAGUUGGUUUAUACAACAACGUUAGAUGCAUCACCAAUCACCAUUUUGCUACACAGAGACAGUGGCAUGUUGGCUGUUGCUAUGGAUGAUUUCAGGAUAGCAGUUAUGGACAGUGAAACAAGAAAAUUUGUGAGAAGAUUCACUGGCCAUCAGAAUCAAAUAAAUGACAUGGCUUUUAGUUCAGAUGGACGGUGGUUAAUUACUGCUUCAAUGGACUGUACAAUACGGACCUGGGAUCUCCCAUCAGGCUGCCUUGUGGACUGCUUUUUACUUGAUUCAGCGGCUGUCAGUAUUACCAUGUCUCCCACUGGAGACUUCCUUGCUACUGCUCACGUCGAUAACUUGGGAAUAUAUCUCUGGUCCAACAAAACACUAUAUAAUAUUAUUUCCCUUCGUCCUCUUCCUGCUGAUUAUCAACCUACUGUAACGAUGCUUCCUGGAGCGUGUCAACAAGAAGAUAUGGAGACAUCAGACAUUGAAACAGAAGUAGAAAGCCAGAUGAUAAACUAUGAAUCAUCUGAACAACUUGGAGAGCAGUUGGUGACGCUGUCUUUGCUUCCAGAAUCGCGCUGGAAAAAUCUUCUUAAUCUUGAUAUUAUUAAGAAAAGGAACAAACCCAAGGAACCACCUAAAGUGCCUAAAUCUGUUCCUUUCUUCAUUCCAACUAUUCCUGGCCUUGUGCCGCAAUUUGCUGCUGCAGAACAACAAGCUGCUGAGGACCAGUCCAAAGUGGUAAACUUGGGGGUACUGGCACAAAAAACAGAAUUUUACAUGCAAUUGGAAGGUGCUCUAAACACCAAUAAUUAUGACCAUGUAAUUAAACUUUUGAAAGGAAUGGGACCGUCGAAUAUUGACAUUGAGCUGAGGAGCUUGGCCCCAGAAGGAGGAGGUUCUCUGAAUGUGAUGCAGAGUUUUCUGCAAAUGAUCAACUACAUGCUUGGUACAAAGCGUGAUUUUGAAUUGGCUCAAGCCUACCUUGCAUUGUACUUAAAGCUCCAUCUCAAGGUUAUUGCCGCUGAGCCAGUUCUACUAGAAGAAAUGUCAAAAGUGUCAGUGCAGUUGGACGAAACUUGGAUGCAUAUGCAAAGUCUUUUCAAUAAGAGCAUGUGUCUCCUGGGCUACAUGAAAAGUGCUCUGUUGUAGAUUGAGAAUUAGCGCUGUUCACUGAGUGCAUAUUCUACCUUUACACACCCACUCAUGUUAUUAUGCCACUUUUUGCUACAUUAUUUACUGUUCGUUACCAUGGAUAGAAAUUGCAUUUUAGAUAUAAUUCCUCUAUUAAGGUUUGAAGUAUGCUGUUGACUAUAAUUUCUUAAAAAGGAUGUUGGUGGCAUUUUUUUUAAAAAAUGUGCCUGUAAUAGGUUGACAUAGAAGAGGAAAUGGCCCAAACGUGCCAAACUGUGCAUUUCUGUGGAUUAUCAAUUUUCUUCAUGCUUGCUGUCUAAUUAUUUUCCAUUACUAUUGAUAUGUAAAUAAAAGACAUUUUAUUACGGAGCUGUAUCUUGUAAAACCAAAACUAUUUGUCAUAUCUUUUAUAUUAGUGUUUUAUUGCAUUGAAUUAAAGAGAAUACAUGUUUUGUAGAAUCCAUCAUAUUUUCUACUUGUGUAUUAAUUCUAUGAUAUUGUUAUUAAAUCUCUUGGUGUAUGCCUGCUGAGCAAUAAUCAGAAGCGAUGGUUGAGCAAUAAUUAGAAGCAUUUUAAUAUUAUUAAGUUAUUACAAACAAUGCUCAUUCAGGAAGUAAGAAGUACACCAGGCUAAGCUCAAGAAUAAUGCAACAUUUCCAUGUAGAAUCAUCUGGAGAUAAUCCUUAUUGAUUAAACUUAACAAAAGCUGAAGUUUCCUGAAUGUGUAGAGAAAUUUGAAGGAAAAAGUGAAGAGUGAAUCUAGUGCUGAAACAAAAGGAAAAUCCAUGUGGAAAUAAAUUUUAAAUAACGGGAAGAAAUAUGAAAGCCAGGAUAAGGUCUUGGUGCGUAAUAGUAAAAGAACAGAAUAACUGUGAAGCAUACUGUUUAUUUGACAUGAGAUAGCUUAGGUAGGGUAAAAGAAUGGUGGAAGUAUGAAAUGUUAAUAGCAAAUAAAUAGUGAACUGGUAAGACUAAAAGGGAGGAAAUGGUAGAGUUUUUAGUUUUUUUUAAAUUUAUUCCAUUUUUAGGAGCUGGGCAUAGCUGCAGUGUUUUGAAAUUUCAGGAUUAGACUAACCAUGAAAGAAUAUCGCUGGAUUUCAGAAUCAGUAUGGUAUGUGGUUUGCAUCAGUGGUAAAGCUCAUGGGUUUGGGAGGUAGAAAUAAAUGUGCUACCACUCUUUUCUGGGGUUGCAGGGAAUGGUUGAUCUGGAUAGAGGCUGGGAAACUAUUCCAGUGAGUCCAUUUAUCUCGCUUGGUUUUAGGCUUCCUAGGAAUUGUAGUUGCUCCACUAAUCCGGAGAAGUGGCAUGAUAUUCCAUCGCAUUCCUGCCAGGGGCCUUGUAAAUUAUUGAAAGUUUUUGGGUUGUCAUGAAGUGAGUCAUUCACCAUGGGAUUCUGGUCUCUGACUUGCCUUUGUAACAGAGUAUUUAAGUAAUUGGCCUCAAAUUCAGCUGGACCAAUGAUGACUACCAGAGAGGAUACCUGCAGGAAGUAGGCAAUGAAAAUGCAAUAAAAGUUAUGGCCAUGCAUUUAGAUUCUCUUCUUGAAAUAGUCACUGCUUGGCACUUUUGUGAUGUGAAUAUUGCAUGCCACUUGUCAGCCAUGUCUGGAUGUUGUCAGUCUUGCUGCAUUGUAGGCAUUGACUGCUUCACACACUGUUAUAAAUUGCAAAAUGAUUGUAGUACCUCCCUACCUUUUGACCUUAUGGUGAAUGGAAAGGCGUUGAUAUUCAUGUGAAGAUGAUUAUCUUGAACUAAUAGAAUGAUGUCCCAAGGUUGAGAUGAUUCCAAAGCUUCAAUCAUCUUCCUUUUAGCAAGGUUUGAUUCCAGCCAUUGGAGUAUUUUCUUGAUGAUGCUCCAUUUUUAUAUAGGGUCAUUGCAAGUAAGGAAGUGUUAUUAGAAAAUGUUAAUUGAAAUGAGAAAAUAGCCCUUAGAAUAGAGUAACAUUUAACUAAAAAAAAUUUCCUUUAGUCUCUGUGUAGAAAUUGUGCUACUACGCAGCAUAAUUUUUCAAUGUAAUGCCUCUUUAAAUGAGCUUAAAUUACAUAUUUUGACCCACCCAGCCAACACACUUUUCGUCUCUUUCCCCACCGGGAGAAGGCUCAAGAACUUGAAGACUCAUAAGGCCAGAUUUGGGAACAGCUUCUUUCCAACUGUGAUAAGACUGCUGAACGGAUCCUGACCUGGAUCUGGGCUGUACCCUCCAAAUGUCCGGAUCCGCCUCUUGGUUUUUUCGUACUACCUUACUUUCCAUUUUCUAUUUUCUAUUUAUGAUUUAUAAUUUAAAUUUUUAAUAUUUACUAUUGAUUUGUACUCCAGGGAGCGGGAAGCGCAGAAUCAAAUAUCGCUGUGAUGAUCAUAUGUUCUAGUAUCAAUUGUUUGGCGACAAUAAAGUAUAUUACCAAGA